CUUGCAGGUGGUUCCGCCCCCACACGCACCCCGCCCCCGCGCUGCUUCCAUUGAGUCUUCAGAGCAAGAGGUCUUUGGAGAUGAUUCGGCACUUCUUCCUCACAGCUCUGACUGAACUCACAGAGGACCGCUAAGCUACUGGUUGCCCAGAGACCAAGGUCUGGACCCAGGGUGAUUAUGCAAACUGACUGGACUUCAACCCCGGAAGCUACACCAUUGGUCCCAGAGGAUCCUGGGAGCUCCUGUGAGGUGUGGGGGGAUAUGGAGCUCCUUCUGACUGUCCACAGCAGCUGAUCAUGAUUUGCCUCGUGCUCUAGCCAGGGUGUGAUUUUGCCAGCUGCAGAUAGUUUCUGGAUUGGCGUCCUUCAUGGAUGUGACUGUAGAUUUCAGCAGAGAGGAGUGGCAGCGUCUAGACCCUGCUCAAAGGAGUCUCUAUCAGGACGUAAUGCAGGAGACCUGCAGCCACCUGCGCUCAGUGGAAGAACUGCAGCAGACUGGUGACCCGCCAGUAAAACCUAAAUCAGCAAGUGAUAUGGUUUUCAUCAAGACGACGCUGGAUGCGGAGAGUCGUUAUGAAUGCACAGGCGUUAGGAAGGUAAUCCAUGUGAACUCGUACAUUGUUCUCCCUGCCAAGAGGCCCCAUCACUGCGACCCACCUGAGAACGCGCUGAAGCGUAAGUUAGAUUUACAGACUCACAGGGAGAGUAACGGUCUGAAGAGAAUGAAAAGGCCGCCCGAGUGCGGUAAAACCCCACCCUGUGUCAACAAUGAACAUAUUCUAACAGGAGAGACAGUACAGGACCGUAAUCAAGGCGGAGGAGUCCUCAGUUAUGAACAAAUACCUUGUCAAUAUCAGAAAAUUCAUACUGGGGAGAAAGCAUAUGAGUGUGCUGAAUUGGGAAGGAUUUUUACCCAGAAGUCACAGCUCAGAGUGCAUGUGAAAUCUCCUGUAGGAGAAAGACUCUAUGUGUGUGUUGAAUGUGGGAAGGCGUGUCCUCAGAAGUCAGAGUUCCUCACACAUCAAAAAACCCACACUAGAGAGAAGCCCUAUAGAUGCAGUGACUGUGGGAAGUCCUUUUUCCAAGUCUCUUCUCUCUUCAGGCACCAGAGGAUUCACACUGGAGAGAAGCUCUAUGAAUGUAGCAGUUGUGGGAAGGGGUUCUCUUACAACUCAGACCUCCGGAUACAUCAGAAGAUCCAUACAGGAGAGAAAUGUCACGGCUGUGUCUACUGUGGCAAAGCCUUCACACAAAAGUCCACACUCAAGAUGCACCAGAAAAUCCACACGGGAGAGAGGGCCUAUGUCUGUAUUGAAUGUGGACAGGCUUUUAUCCAGAAGACACACCUGGUCGCACACCGAAGAAUUCACACUGGAGAAAAGCCAUACAAGUGUGACAGCUGUGGCAAAUCCUUUGUUUCCAAGUCCCAACUCCAGGUCCAUCAGCAAGUUCACUCAAGAGUGAGGCCCUGUGUAUCUCCCGACCAUGGGAAAACCUUCAGCAGCAGUCCCAACCCCCUUACACCUAAGAAAGUUCAAAUGAGAGAGAAAUCGUCCGUCUGCACUGUGUGUGGGAAGGCCUUCACCUACCGGUCAGAGCUGAUCAUUCAUCAGAGAACUCACACAGGAGAGAAGCCUUAUCAGUGCGGGGACUGUGGCAAAGCCUUCACCCAGAAGUCAGCCCUCAACGUGCACCAAAGAAUCCACACAGGAGAGAAGUCGUACGUGUGCGUGAAAUGUGGGCUGGCUUUCGUCCAGAAGGCACACUUGGUUGCACAUCACGUAAUUCACACCGGAGAAAAACCUUACAAAUGUGGCCACUGUGGGAAACGCUUUACUUCCAAGUCGCAACUCCACGUGCACAAGCGGAUUCACACAGGGGAAAAACCGUACGUGUGUGAUAAAUGCGGGAAGGCCUUUGCCAACAGGUCAAAUCUCAUCACACAUCAGAAAACUCAUACCGGGGAGAAAGCCUACGUCUGUUCAAGGUGUGGAAAAGCCUUCAUUCAGCGCUCAGACCUGGUUACACACCACAGAAUCCACACUGGAGAGAAGCCAUAUGGAUGUAGCACCUGCGGGAAAGCCUUUACGCAGAAAUCUCACCUCAAUAUACACCAGAAAAUUCACACUGGAGAGAGACAGUACAAAUGCCAAGACUGCGGGAAAGCCUUCAACCAGAAAUCAAUACUCAUUGUGCACCAGAAAAUCCACACGGGGGAGAAGCCCUACUCGUGCGCCGAGUGCGGAAAAGCUUUCAUUCGGAGGUCCAACUUCAUCACCCAUCAACGAAUCCACACUGGAGAGAAACCUUACAGGUGCAGCGACUGCGGGAAGUCCUUUACCUCCAAGUCGCAGCUCCUGGUGCACCGGCCAGUCCACACUGGCGAGAAACCUUACGUGUGUGCCGAGUGUGGGAAAGCCUUUAGUGGCAGAUCAAAUCUCAGUAAGCACCAGAAGACUCACACCGGGGAGAAGCCAUACGUGUGUUCCGAGUGUGGGAGGUCCUUCAGGCAGAAGUCAGAGUUGAUGUCGCACCACAGAAUCCACACUGGGGAAAAGCCUUACGAUUGUGGUGACUGCGGGAAAUCCUUCACUAAGAAAUCCCAGCUCCAAGUGCAUCAGCGAAUUCACACAGGAGAGAAGCCUUACAGGUGUGCUGAGUGUGGGAAGGCCUUCACCGAUAGGUCCAAUCUGAAUAAACACCAAGCGACACACACCGGAGAGAAACCUUAUAAGUGUGUCGUCUGUGGGAAAGGCUUUGUGCAGAAGUCCGUGCUCAGCAUGCACCAGCGCGCUCACACCUGAGGGUUUGAGAAAAGGACUCAUUGAGGACAUGCCUUACUGUAACUGCUGUCCUGUGGGACAGUCAUAUGUAUAUUCUUGUAAGUAAAGACACCACAUGACAGUGUCACACACACAUCACUGCUCAGAAAAGGAUCUCAGAGAAGGUACUGGAUGGGAUUACUGGGAAGGACAUUUCUACUUGCUGAGGAGAAAUUGCAUCAAUUUGACACAGUAGAAGAAGCUUCCUCAUGGGAAAAAAAACCACAGUGGAACAUUGUUAUCAAGUUCUUUACGAGAAAGAUCGUGUCAACUCUUGUUGAUGCCAAAUUCCUGUUGGUGGAGUAUGUAUACUGCCACUAAUUAAAUGGUGAUGCAACGCACAUGA